AUGAACCACCAACAAAGCCCAAAAGAGCAAUUCGGUAUUGCCAAAAGGGGUCUGAGUUCUGUAAGAAGGAUCCUUGCCGCUAUCCGGCUUUUCCUGUUGCGCACAUACUAUUCCGUACAUACUAGUAGGAUGGGGCUAUCGGGACUUCCAUCCGCCCUCGAUAUUCUCCCGUACGAGAAGAAACAUCAUCUGCGUGCGCUGCGGAAAUGGCUGGCAGUUUUGCAGAGCGGACCUGGCAGGCGCAGUGGUGGGACACCCAGCCUCCGCAUUAGUUGGUGGAGAACGCUGCGCAAGAGCGUUUAG